AAUGAACUUCCAGAGAUGAGAGAGUACAGGAAAUGGAAGGAGAAGAAAGAAUUAUGUUCCAGCAAACAACGUCGGUGAGCGCAGUUAAGGUCAGGUCCGCUGGUUCACACGUCCAGCUGGAAUCCCCUGACUGACUCGUCGCCGCUAACGCCGGAGGGUGGCGAAAGAAGAGGAGAGAGCGGAGAAGUGAGGAAUGCAGAGGGUAAAGAAGAAAGAAGGGAUAGGGUUAGGGGAAGAUGAUGGGGAUGGGAUGGAAGCGUGGGAAGACGUGUCCGAAGGCAGACUGCGGGUGGAGCGCGAUGGGAAGCGGAAGCAGAAGCAAGAGACAAGAGAGAGGAAGGACAGCGGCGAUCUCGACCUCAACUCUCCUCCGGCCUUCUCUCGGCUUCGGUUGAACUUCCGCUCCGGACCCCAGAUCGUGACGCGUCGGGAUGGUGUUGUUUCGAACUCUAUCAGGAUCGCAAAUGAUUCACGAAUUUUCUCUUCAGCUGUGAACUACUCCAUCAGAGAUGUGCAAUGUCCUCUGUCUGCUGUGAUGGUUCGUGGAGAGCAGUGCUGCCUCUCACGCCGGCCAUUUGCUUCUCCGUCCGAGAGAGAAAGAGAGACCGUGCUAUUCAUAGCCCGGCCUAGAUUGUUGACUAUAUGUGAUCGCGUUAUCGAUAACCCCAUCCUCGAACGAGCUAAUUACAUUCUAUGACUACCUGCUUAUCCCAGUCUUUUUGGCAAUCCUCAAUUAUAUUCAGCUAGCCAGCCAACGCCAUGGCAGUCAUGCAGAGAAAAAGAAAGCGGAUGCAGUUACCUGCCUGCGUAUACGUCCAAAUUCUCAUCACCAUAACUCAUAAUGUAACUCA